AAUUCGAUAGAGGAAAACUAACCAAUACGUACAUUGACAGAUCCUAAAGAAGCAGGAUUUUAUUAUUCGACAUGUCACAUAUUUAGAUAAAAACGCGCGUGUUUGACAAAUGCGCAGUAUCGUAGACGAAAGAUAACACAUGAAUGUUGAAAGCAAAAUAUUAUAGGACAUGAAUAACAAAGAUGCUCGCCAAACAACGCCAGGGCCAGGUGAUGGCUUACGAUCUUUACGAAGCACUUCUUUAUUCCGCGCCGUCAAUUUCGAGUUGUACGUCAAGCCGAACAAAACAGUUAUGGUUCUCGGCGUCCUAGCAAUGUUGGGUUGUUCGGGGUACAUAUUUUACAUGAAUUCUCAGAGAAAGAACGAUUAUCAGGCUAUGAUGAAACCGGACGAUACAGUAGUAUUAGUGAGAAAAACUUCCAAAUGGACCGACUGAAUAAGAAUAUAAGACAUACAUGAUAUUCUUUGUAGUUUAAUUAUAUAUAUAAUUUACUCAAUUUUUAACGAUAUAUAUUAUCGAAUAUGUAUAUACAUUAUACAGAUUUAUUAAGUUUAUGUAGAUUUAUUAAGAGCUUGGAACAAUAGUAUAACAAAUCACACAAGAAACAUCCAAGCGAAUCCUCUUUACUUUAUUGAAAAUUUACGAUACCAAUCAAAACUCUUAUAAGAAUU